UGUCCACUUAUAUUUAUAUAAAGGCAAUUUUGCAUGCACGAGUAAGACAAAAGGAUAUGAUUGGUUUUAAUAACGGUUAAAAAGGCCUAGAAUUGUCGAACUCGACUAUAGAACUGUGGAUGGAGAUCAGAGACAUCGAUGUCAUCUGUCAAAUAUUGACAUUUGUAUUAAAGUUCUUUAAAUGAAACAAACUGAAAAUUGGUUAAUUUUAUGUCCAUUGUGAAAAAUACAAUUUAAUACAUUUUGUCAAUAAAUUUGACAAAUUCUUCAGAAUGGGUGACAGCAAAAUCUUGGACACCAACAACACGGAAAGAGAACGACAACAAAGCGAGAGUAGUGAUACCGAAUUUGAUCCUCAAUUCAAACCCAUCAUUACUUUGCCAGAAGUUGAAGUUUCCACAAAUGAAGAGAAUGAAACUGAUCUGCUGAAAAUUAGGGCCAAGCUCUACAGAUAUGAUACAUCAGGAGAAACUUCUGAAUGGAAGGAAAGAGGCACAGGUGAACUAAAACUGUUAAGGCACAAUGAAACCAAUUCAGUAAGGGUUGUUAUGAGACGAGACAAAACCUUAAAAGUAUGUGCAAAUCAUUUCAUCACCCCAUGGAUGGAAUUGAAGCCUAGCAUAGGUAGUGACAAAGCAUUUGUCUACAAUGUAUUGGUCGAUUUUGCUGAUGAGAAACCCAAGUCUGAAACAUUGGCUAUCAAAUUCGGUACUGUUGACAAUGCUAACCUGUUUAAAGCAAAAUUUGAAGAGGCCAGGCACAUAGUCCUGACAGAAUGUGAGCUCUACAAUGAUACAAAUGAUAAAGAAAAUGAAAAAAUAUCAGAUGAAAAAUUUUCUUCUUUAGAAAAUAUUGUUGAUGAAAGCAAAAAAGCUGAAUCUGACGAAAAAGAGUGUGCAGAACUGACUAAAAAGAUUUGUGAAUUGGAUAUGACCAACAAAGGAGAAAAUUAACUUUUUAGAUAAAUAAUAAACAUAGAUAUAUAUUUGUACCCCAGUCUGGACUGAUAUACUAGAGGUAAAGUUUGCCUUACAAAAAAUAAUAUCGAAAUGAAACAAAUAAUAUUUUUAGAUCAUAAGUUAAUAAAGUAAUAUUUAGGGCU